CAGCCAGGAAGUGGAUACGAUUCCAAGGCUGAUAUUUGGUCUUUUGGAAUAACUGCGCUGGAGUUGGCUCAUGGUCAUGCACCUUUCUCAAAGUAUCCACCCAUGAAGGUACUCUUAAUGACGAUUCAAAAUGCUCCCCCUGGCCUUGAUUAUGACCGUGAUAAGAAGUUUUCAAAGUCCUUUAGAGACAUGGUAGCGUUAUGUCUGGUGAAGGAUCAAACAAAAAGGCCAACCGCUGAAAAGUUGUUAAAACACUCGUUUUUUAAGAAUGCAAAGCCUCCAGCGAUUUGUGUGAAAAAGUUAUUUGCUGAUUUGCCACCUCUCUGGACACGUGUUAAAGAUCUUCAGGAUAAGGAUGCUGAGCUUGCUUUGAAAGGACUUGACCAGGAAGCUAUAUCAAAGAGUGAAUACCAAAGAGGAGUAAGUACUUGGAACUUCAAUAUUGCAGAUUUGAAAGAACAAGCAGCUUCGCUAGAUGAUGAUGACAUCCUAGAAGAGGGUAUGGAAGAAGAUGAUUAUUUUGUCCAACAGUUGCGUAAUAAGACCAGUGACAGAGGACAAGUGCUCUCAGAAGAUAUCAACGGAAAGGAAAAAGUUUCAGAUUCUUUCAGUUUAACUGCUUCUCCUGUUGAACCAGCAACGCCAAGUCCAAAGCACGGUAUCCCACAGGCCAAGGCUAAGUCAGUGAGAGUCCAGGCUCAUGAGAGUGGACCACAGAAAGGCCAUGUUUAUGCAAGGCCGGCUGCAUCAUCCCGUGUAGAACCUAGCUUUAGCGGAGCAUUGAGUCUUCCAAAGCGUGCUUCAGAAAACAGUUUCUCAGCUCCUAGCAAAUCUUCUGGAGGAUUCCGUGAUUCUCUGGCUGACAAGUCAAAGGCUAAUGUGGUUCAAACCAAAGGAAGAUUCUCAGUAACAUCAGAGUACUUAGAUCUUGCAGGGGCACGCCCUUUGAGAAAAUGUACCAGUGUUGGUAUACUCGAAUCUAAAAUGCCCAUCAAGGAGUUAAUUAGUCGUCCUGCGUCUCCUUC